AUGAUGCUACCUUCGCCGUAUUAUCCGGCCGCCACCGCGCUGGAUGAGCUGCAAUUGGCGCGCGGCGAGUUUGUUUGUGCGAAUAAUCCGUCGGUGGCCGCUUUGUUGUCGGAGAAUAAUGUUGCUGCCGCCGCUUACUAUUAUCAGCAACUGAAUCCUUUUCUGCGCAUCAAUCCGAACUUCUGGUCCAUGCCGUUAUCCUUUCUGCAGAGCUCACACCGACCGGAAAAGCCACCUUUUUCCUAUAUUGCCUUGAUCGCGAUGGCGAUCAGCAGCGCGCCGAAUCAGCGACUCACGCUGAGUGGCAUCUACAAAUUCAUCAUGGAAAAAUUUCCUUACUACCGGGAAAACAAACAAGGAUGGCAAAACUCCAUACGGCACAACCUCUCUCUGAAUGAUUGCUUCGUGAAGGUGCCACGUGAUAAAAAUACGAUUGAUGAUAACGACAACUCCGGCAAAGGAAGCUACUGGAUGCUGGACGCAUCGGCCAAUGAUAUGUUCGAACAAGGCAACUAUCGGCGUCGACGUACGCGACGGCAAAGGCAUUGUAUUAGAAGUUCUAGCGGCUCCGAGGAUAACUACCAACUGGAAAACCAUCAAGCUUUCGAAAACACUAUGGAUGACCCUUCCGCUGCAUCACAAACCGAUCUCAACACAUUCUGCAACAAACACGCCGCACCAAUGGGUUUAAAUUACUCUGAUCGCAUUACCGAGUUGCAUCGCCAGUAUUUGGCUUCGAUUGCGCCAUUCAACAUACUCUUUCGAAAUGAACCGCCAGCACAGCCGAACAACGCCACCAGCACCGCCGGCACAACAACGCAUCUUAGUGCACAGCGCGAGCUGGUCUUACCACAUGUGGGCACAAUGGUGCCUCUACUAAGCGCAAAUCAAGACGGUAGCCAGACUUCAUUUCGUGAGAUGGACAGCUUCGAUCUCUCCGGUGGUGCCUACUCCAACAGCAACAGUUCGGUGGAUAGCACGCGACAAGCAAACUCCUUUUCACCCAGCGCCUUCACACCCAUCACACCAGCUCGUAGCACGCAGCCGUUACCACCGCUGACGCAGCCUCAGCUGCAGUCGCAACCAAAAGCACUCACAUCCGCUUUCACCAUCGAGAAUAUUAUUAAGAAAGACUGAAGGGUGGACAACUCGACGGCACCAAA